GGAUUUAUUAUUACUGCUAGGUGGUGAUGAGUGAUGACGAUAAUCUCUUCUCUCAUUUCCAAGCCGGCUGUUGUCCUCGUGUAAUUUCUCUCUCUCUCUGUGAAACUGAAAAGGUCGUCAUAAGUCAUAACAUGCUCACACACGCACGCAUAAAUCACUGCAACCAACUCGACAUUUACUCCUAAAUCCUCUUUUUUUCUUAGGUUUAAUUUCUAUACUUGUUGCCUGUUUGGGGCCCUUUCAAAGUUUCAGGUGCACUUUUGUAGGCCCUCCAUAGCUUUUAAUGAACCCAAAUCUGCCCACCCCUUAUUAAUAACUUUGCCCUAUCUUCGGUUUCAGUGCUUCUCUCUAUAUAUAUCUCCGCUCAUUCGUUUACAUUCGCUUUUACCCAACAAACAUACUCUCUCUCUCUCUCUCCUCCCUCCCCCUCUCUCCCUCUCUCACUCGAUAGCUUUUUGCGUCGUGUGCAGAGAGUAGCUAGCUAGCCAGUCACUGCGUCGAUGUUGGCCAUGGAAGAAAUUUUAUGCGAAGUGCAUGGAGAAGACACAAACGAGCAAGGUUUGCCUCCAGGGUUUCGGUUUCACCCAACUGAUGAAGAGCUCAUAACCUUUUAUUUGGCUUCAAAGGUAUUCAAGGGGAGCUUCUCUGGUGUCGACAUUGCCGAGGUUGACCUUAAUAGAUGUGAACCAUGGGAGCUUCCAGACAUAGCUAAGAUGGGGGAGAGAGAGUGGUAUUUCUUCAGCCUGAGGGACCGAAAGUACCCAACCGGGUUGAGAACAAACCGAGCAACUGAAGCUGGGUAUUGGAAAGCCACAGGCAAAGACAGAGAGGUUUACAGUGCUUCAAAUGGAGCCCUACUGGGAAUGAAGAAAACCCUAGUUUUCUACAAGGGCAGAGCUCCCCGAGGCGAGAAAACCAAGUGGGUCAUGCACGAGUACCGCCUCGAUGGUGAUUUCGCCUACCGUCACACGUGUAAGGAGGAAUGGGUGAUUUGCAGAAUAUUUCACAAGACAGGAGGAGAGAAGAAAAGCCCAUUUUUCCAAGCUGCUCACGGCUAUCUCAUGGAAGCUUGUUCAUCGUCCCCGUCGACUUGCUUGCCUCCACUGCUUGAACCCCCAACAACAGUGAUGGACGUUCAGUCCUCGAUACAAAGCCUCCAAAAUAAUUACUUGAUUCACCAAGAAAAUGGUGUCAAGAAUCUAAUAAACCCAGUUAGCACACAGACCCAACUUUUCCCGAUGAGUAGCAGUAGCUUAUUAAGACCCUCCUUUUCACCCACUACCAUAAACCCCAACAACCCAUCGCACUCCAUCCUACUCAAGUCGCUCCUCUCACAUCAAGAUUGCACUUUGAAGCAAGCCACUGUUCAGAAACAGUGCAAGACAGAGUCCAACUUUUCCCAUUUUCAACCACUAGAUGCUAACUUGCACUGGGUGGAUAAGAUUCACCAAAACCCCCUGUUUAUUGAGAUGGGUGUGGGUGGUCCGGGUGGAGGAGGAGGUGGUGGAGGCCCUGGACCUGGAGGGGGUGUGUUGGGGUUCACAGCUGUUGCAGACACUGUUCAUGAGAUGUCCACUUCAGUUGCUUUCAACAGGGCCGGCUUUCAGAUGAUGCUAGAUCCUCCCAUCAGAGGCGCUGGAGAAUCUGGACCCUAAGAUCUUUUAUAUACGUCCAUAGAAUCUAUUUGCUUGUACUGUUACUGUAGAUGUGUAAGUGUUCUUUAUAUGUAUGUAUUUUGGAGAUUUUCUGCACUUUUUACCAGUUAUUUUGUAAGAUGUUUGCCUUGGCCUCUC